AUGAGCUCACAAGGUUUACCUCCUGGAUGGUCUAUGGGUUAUGAUAGUAUCACUGGUUUCCCAUUUUUUAUCGAUCACAUUAACAAGUCAACUACAUGGGAAGAUCCACGAAAGUCUAAAACUCAAAGUAAUAUCACACAAAAUUUACAAUCUGUCCCAUCUUAUUCAUCUGAAUCUAUUAAUAAUCGUCGACAAUAUAACCUUCCUGGAAAUGAACCAGUGAUCGAUCCUUCCAAUCCAGGAGAUAUUAAAUUAGGCAAUGUAGGAGAUAACAUUCAACGUAAAAUUCAAUCACAUUAUGAUAAUGUUAGUGAACCAAUACCAAUCAAGGUGCAUUCUAUCAGCUCUUCGAAUAAUAAUAAUAAUAACAAUAAUAAUAAUAAUAGUAACCAUCAUGAAUAUGAACAAAAGCUGAACAACACCCCAGCAACUCAGUCGUUUGAUUCAUAUAAACCUAAUCAAAAUUCUUCCACAAAUAAAAGCGAAUCAAUUCCUAUCAAAUCUGUUUCUGUUAAAAUUUCAGAUGAUAAUAAUAAUAAUAAUGAUAAUAAUAAUGAAAAUGUAUCUCAACCAACAACAUCAGAUCCAUUCUCUCUUAUAGAACAAGCUCAAUGUGAACUUGCAGAAAUAGAAACUGAGAUUAGCGGGUUUACUUCUUCAUAUAAAACUAAAGCUUAUCUGUUACUCGAAGAUAAACUUGAUAAGCUUAUGCUACGAUUGGAUAAAAUCGAUUCAUCUGGUGAAACAUUUAUCAGAAAUAAACGUCGUGAAGUUAUAUUGGCUGUUCAAAAUGCUCUUAAAAAUCUUGAAAGUAAACUGACACAAAUAAAAUCAGAUAAUCAAGAGCAUGAUAUCAGUUUAACUGAUCAAUCUUCUUCUUCUUCUAAUAACAAUAAUAAUACCAAUGAUAAUAUAAAUAAACAAGUUCACUCAUCUAUAGAUUCUAGAGAAAUUCAUAUAGGUUCUAAUGAAGAAUGUCAAAACAAGUAGAUCAUUCUCUAUGGUACUUUAUCUUAUUCUUUAAAACUUCAAUGUAGUUCAUUAUUUUCCCG